AUGAGUGACAAUCGGUCGACGCUGUUCCCAAGAAGUACGGAUAUUGCAUCCGGAACUACCCCCCAAAACAACAAUGACGAUAGCGGAGAAAUAGAGAGCCACACCGACAUUAAUGACAAUCGAAUUACUAGGUUUCCGAUAAGUGCGGAGAUAGGCGACAGUGAAUUUGAUACCAGAAACCUCAGUCAGCCCCAAAAACGUCAUUUGCCAACGCGAUGGCUCCAGGUCCCAGUUAAGAGGGCCGCCAAGGCUGAUGAGCCACGCCCCAAACGUCAAACGCCAUUAUUUUGCAAGGACCACACGCCCUGGAUGAAAUAUCAAAAGUUCAAAGAGGAAGCGCAGCCGGGGAAAACCUGCCUAGCCUAUGUCACCGAUUCCCCGGGAAUGGUAGUUGCAAUGAAGGAGUAUAAGACGAGCGGUAUCGACAAGACGUCCCAUCUGAAGAUGAUCAGUCACCCAAACAUCGUGAAUCUCCUUGAUGCAUUCGAACAGUCUAGGACUCUGUAUCUAGCGUACGAGCUUAUGGACCUCUCAUUGGAGCAACUUCAGUCUGGCAUUCAACUAAAGGAGUCUGAUCUUGCUUUUAUUUACAAAGAGCUCUUAUAUAGGCUUUAG